GACAUUUGCAUAACCCACUGAGUGGCCAACGCGUGCGCACCACCGAACCAAAGGGAGAGAGUUUGGGAUUAACCACAUUAACCGCAAGGAUGAAGAGCACCGCCGCCUGUCUGAUAGUCGCCCUAGCGGCGCUGUCCGCCGCCCACUCGGCGCCCACCGAAGGUCACCGGGCGCCGCAAAGCGCCACCCAACUGGCCCUGGACAUGUACCACGGGUGCCUCAAGGACCUGAGUGUCUCGUGUGUCCGCCCCAAGGCCCUGCAGUGGUUCAACUCGGCCCUCCAGCAGCCGGAGGUGCGCAUAACCGAGCGCCUGUCCAUUGUCCGCACCGCGGAGAAGGCCGAGUCUCGAUCGCUGAAUCUGGAGGAGCGCCUCUUCGACGACAUCGACAGCUACCUGGCCAGCCACUCGCUGAGGAUCCAGGCCCCGGAAUACUUCCGCAGCUCGGAGGCCCGCUCCCUGGUGCCCGAUUUCCUCAUGUCCAAUCCCCUCACCCAGGGCGGUGUAAUUCCAUUGGCAGCAGCCAACGAAGGACGCGGCAUGAUCCGCAAGGCAAUCCUACCUUUCCUGCUGGGUCUGAAACUGAAGACUACUGUUCUGGUGCCCCUGGCUUUGGGACUCAUUGCCCUGAAGACCUGGAAGGCCAUGACUUUGGGUCUGCUUUCGCUGGUCUUGUCUGGCGCUUUGGUUAUUUUCAAGAUUGCCAAGCCCAAGAUCGUCAACUACGAGGUUGUGCACUAUCCCCACCAUGUGGAUCACGUAGUGCCCCAUCACAUUGAGCAUGUGGUUCCCCAUCACAUCGAGCAUGUGGUUCCCCAUCACAUCGAGCACAUUGUGCCGCAUCACAUCGAUCAUCACCUGGAGCAUCACAUCGAUCACCAUGUGGAUUUGCCCGUGGAGCACAUCGAGCACCUGGAGCAUCCUUCGCCCGCCUGGGAUCCUCAUGCUUGGGCCCGAUCCUCGCAGGAACCGCAGGAUGCCCAGGACUUGGCCUACGCGGGUCAGAAGUGAGCCCGAGACUACAAACCAAACCCCCUUUUACGAAAAUUGGCCAAACUGCAACCUUAUUUAUUUCGCUCUAAGUUAAGUAGUUGAAACGCACAGCUCGCGGCGUAUAUGUUUAUUUAUUUAUUUAUUGAGAAGUGUACAAAGCAAGAAACCAUAAAAAAGAACAAAACCCCCAGGGCGUUUUUAAAGGUACUAAGUGGGAAUUAGCUCUGGUAUCUUUUUGUGUAAAUAUUUCUGCAAUAAAACAACAUGCAAAAACGA